AUGGUAGCUCCAGAGUUCGAUGAGACUUUUCUAUCGGACAAUCUCAAGUUCAAUUCGAAGCGUGUCCUCUAUGCCCCCAAGUCGAAGCACAAACGCUUCGGUGAAUCAUCACUAGCCUGUUCUUCCGGCUCCUCACCCGGUUCCUCGGGCCUUGCACAAGCCGAAUUUGGCUUGGACUCAGAUCUGGGUGGACAUGAGCUAGGUCUCGGUUUCAGCCAACCCUCCAACUUGCUCGACAUAUGUUUGACCGUUCUCGAACGCCAUAUCGACCAAGUCGACUUUGUCGGUCAGGUGCCCUACACUCUUUUUCGACGCGCCCUCGGCAACAUAUCUGCUCGGCAGCUGAUUAGAAUUGAAUCCUGCAAUCCGGUAGAUUUCAUGGAUUGGCAUUAA